UAGUCACGAUGGCCACGAUUUAUAAUAUACCCUUUGUGUCAUGGCAUGGCAAUAAGCCGGGCGUGAUCAAGCGUGAUCCUAGAAAGGUUUACGUGGUAUAGAUAAUAGAUAUGUCGAGAAACGACGGUAAAAAAGAUACGUCGGCGUCAGCAUUCCGAAAAAUAGAUGUUGAUCAAUACAGUGAUAAUAAUUUUAAGGAAGAGGAUGGAGAUGCGGGUUCGACGGGACCCACUGGUCCUGACGAAAAUGAGAUUCUGACACUUCUUAGCCAGGGUAAGAAUGCCGAAGCAUUGAUAUCAGUUUUAAAGUCAGCACCUUUAGGAUGUAAAAAUCAGCAGAUAAAGGAUAAUGCUAGAAAUUUAACACAGAAGGUUCUUCUAAGUAUAAAAUCUAAUCAAAUGGAUGAUUGUCUAGCACAAUUAGAUCGCGAUUUAAUGGACGUCUUAAUGAAAUAUAUUUAUCGAGGAUUUGAAAUUCCAACAGAAGGUAGCAGUAAUCACUUGUUAAUAUGGCACGAGAAGGUAUAUAAUAUUAGUGGAGUAGGUAGUAUCGUGCGUGCAUUUUCAGACAGUAAACGUGCUUGAAGUAUUUCGAUUUUUUUUUUCUUUUUUUUUUUUUUUUUUUUUUUUUUUCUUUUUAGCAAUUUUAUCAUGAUUAUUGUUAAGCUUUAUUCCUCCUCACUGUUAUUGAUAUGACACAAAGAAGGCAUGAAUAGUCACAACUAAUUUUGUCUAAAGAGAUACAUCUAUUUGUGUACAAGCGUUAUUCAUAAAAUAACUUUUAUUUCUUUUGUAAUCAAUUAAAUAAGUUUUUAACAUU